AUGGGAACACCAAAACUGAAGUUGGCUGUCGAGGAGUUGGAGAUGGAUCAUCUCAUGCUCCAGAUCCAAAAUGGUAGAAUGCUUGAUGACCUUUCUCAAACCGAGACUGAGAAGUUAAAGUCAUAUGCAAGUAAGAAGUUCCAAACUCUUGUGGGUGAGAUCCCAAAGGCACCAUUCCCUUUGAUACAGGGGGGAAGUGUCUAUUUGAUGGAUAAGUGGAUCAAGGAUCCAUCUGAUAAGGAGGAUGAGAUGAAGAAGACCUGUGAAGGAGAGAGCAGCAAGUCUGGUGGUGCGGACGAUGCCUAA